AGACGCGGCGUGAGCUUAGCUGCAGUCACCCCUAGCUGCGCGGCGUGCACCACUGGGAUUCUCGGGGGGAAAUCUCUUAAAGUAGUGUUAACCUGGAAUGCUUGUUGGCUGGGGGAACUCCUUGAGAGAUUUUUGUUCUUUUGAGAGUCUUCGAUUAUUUCUUCUUUUCUAGUAACAGAGAAAAGCAUAGAGGAAAAAACCAUGUCAGAACAUAGCAGGAAUUCCGAUCAAGAAGAACUCUUUGAUGAGAUUGAUGAAGAUGAAAUCUUGGCCAACUUGUCCCCCGAAGAGCUGAAAAAACUGCAGUCGGAAAUGGAGGUCAUGGCCCCUGACCCCAGGCUUCCCACGGGAAUGAUUCAGAAGGAUCAGACCGACAAGCCACCCACGGGAAACUUUGACCAUAAAUCUCUUAUGGAUUAUAUGUAUUGGCAAAAGGCAUCCAGACGCAUGCUGGAAGACGAACGUGUCCCUGUCACCUUUGUGCCGUCCCAGGCGGACACUCCAGGGCAGCAUGAAGAAGUAGGCAGAGGUAAUAAAAAUGUGUCCCAGUAUUUAAAAGAAAAGCUUAACAAUGAAAUCACUGCAAAUAAAAGGGAAUCAAAAGGCAGCAACGAUGUCCAAGAAACCGAUGAUGCUGAUGGUGAAGAAGAUGAAGGUGACGAGGAUGAUGAGGAUGAUGAUGAGGAAGAUGAGGAUGACGAGGAUGAAGAUGAGGAAGAAGAGGCUGACAGUGAAGAGAGUGUUGAAAAGCCACAAAGAGGAGUGCAAGGUGAGGCAAGGGAGCAGAUCAGAAAUGGUGAGAGCAGCAGCCCACAAGUAGUGAAGAAAGCAUUUGGAAAACAGAAUGACAGACCAGAGGCGCAAGAAAAAAGUGAGAAAAAAAUAUCAAAAUUAGAUCCUAAGAAGUUAGCUCUAGAUACCAGUUUUCUAAAGGUGAGCGCAAGGCCUUCGGGAAACCAAACAGAUCUGGAUGGGAGCUUGAGGCGCGUUAGACAGAAUGACCCUGACAUGAAGGAGCUCAACCUGAACAACAUUGAAAACAUCCCUAAGGAGAUGUUGCUGGACUUUGUCAAUGCGAUGAAGAAAAACAAACACAUCAAAACCUUCAGUUUAGCGAAUGUGGGCGCCGACGAGAACGUUGCCUUUGCCUUGGCUAACAUGUUGCGGGAAAAUAGAAGCAUUACCACUCUCAACAUCGAGUCCAAUUUCAUCACAGGUAAGGGAAUUGUGGCCAUCAUGAGGUGUCUCCAGUUCAAUGAGACACUCACCGAGCUUCGGUUUCACAAUCAAAGACACAUGCUGGGCCAUCACGCUGAAAUGGAAAUAUCCAGGCUGUUGAAGGCAAACACCACUCUCCUGAAGAUGGGCUACCAUUUUGAGCUCCCAGGUCCCAGGAUGGUGGUAACCAAUCUGCUCACCAGGAAUCAGGAUAAGCAAAGGCAGAAAAGGCAAGAGGAACAAAAGCAGCAACAACUCAAAGAGCAGAGGAAGUUGAUAGCCAUGUUGGAGAAUGGGUUGGGGCUGCCACCGGGAAUGUGGGAGAGGUUGGGAGGACCCAUGCCUGAUUCCAGGAUGCAGGAGUUCCUCCAGCCUCCUCCUCAGCCUCCCAACCCCCAAGUGGCCCCCUUCAGUCGACAGAAUGAAAUGAUGAAGAAGCCAUCCCAGCCUCCGAAGUACAGGACGGACCCUGACUCCUUCCGAGUGGUGAAGCUGAAGAGGAUCCAGCGCAAAUCCCGGAUGCCGGAGGCCAGAGAACCACCUGAGAAAACCAACCUCAAAGAUGUCAUCAGAACGCUCAAACCAGUGCCGAGAAAUAGGCCACCCCCAUUGGUGGAAAUCACUCCCAGAGAUCAGCUCUUGAAUGACAUUCGUCACAGCAACGUUGCCUAUCUUAAACCUGUGCAACUGCCAAAAGAACUGGCAUAAAUGGCAACAGAAUAAUCUAGAAGAACAAGGAAUUGAGAUAAUGACUCGGGUCAGAGCUUGGACAGUUUCCGCAACAUACUUCCGGAGCCAGGUGGUGGAACCAGGAACAAGGCUGGCAUCUGAUAGAAGUAUUUUGUCAAGGCAGAGGCAAAAAAAAAAAGGGGGGGGGGUGGAGCUGACAAGGAAUGGGGAAGGAGAAAAAAAAGAAUUACUAUUCUGGGACAUUUUCUACUUCCAAUCAGUUUGAGUAAUUACAACAUUUAGUCAUGCUUCCAGCAGCAGAAGUUUAAAAAUAUUUUUUUUCAUAAACAUUUGUUUUACUAUUGCUUUCUUCUGGUCAAUAAUAAUAAAUACUA